UCCCGGUCAUGUUUUGAUGGUGUCCCGAUCAUGUGAUGGUGGCGCGGUCAUGUUGUGAUGGUGUCCCGAUCAUGUCUUGAUUGUGUCCCAGUCAUGUUGUGACGGUGUCUCGGUCAUGUUUUGAUGGUGCCCUGGUCAUUUUGUGAUGGUGUCCCGGUUAUGUGAUGAUGGUGUCCAAGGAAGAGAUGGUCGAUGUGUUGAAAACAGCAGCUGUUUCCAGAUUUUUUUUUUGUCCCGGUUUGUAUCUUGCUAUUGGGGUCUCCAGCUAGGCUAAUUUUACUUUUAGAAUCUUUUAGAUACUUUUAGUGAUUGACGUCAAUCGCUGACGCCCAUGUUGGCCCAGCUGAGGCAGUUGGCUUGUUUGCUUGGGCAAUUUGUGGAGAUAGCAUGGACAUACAUGGACACAAUCUUGGCAACCUUGCGAUGCCAGGCGGGCAACAUGGCACAGAUUCCGAAGAGGAUCGAGAAAGAGACACAGAAGCUGGAGACCGAGCCACCUCCGGGUGUGCAAGCGAAGCCAGACCCGGCCAACUACCGCUACUUCCACAUUGUAAUGGCUGGACCAACUGGGACUCCAUACGAAGGUGGCAACUACAAAAUGGAGCUCUUUCUGCCAGAGGGCUACCCGAUGGAGCCACCAAAGGUCCGCUUCUUGACGAAGAUUUAUCAUCCAAACAUUGACAAGCUGGGCCGCAUUUGCCUGGACGUCUUGAAGGACAAGUGGAGCCCUGCGCUCCAAAUUCGAACCGUUUUGCUUAGCAUCCAGGCUUUAUUGAGCACUCCAGAACCAUCAGAUCCCCUGGAUACCAAUGUGGCCGAUCACUUCAUCAAAGACCGCGCUGGUGCAGAACUCCAAGGCCUCUUUGGGGCCUUGUCUGGGUGUUGUUGGAGUGAAAAGAGAUUUUGAUGACUCGGGAAAUCAAUAGAAACGGCGCAGCGGCGCAGAUUGGAAUCAUAUCAUGCUUGAGCUACAAGUAUGUUGAGUAGUCAGAGAGACAAAAGGCUGAUACAGGCAGGCUGGCAGUUUAUGGAUUGAAACCAUUCGAAAACUACAUACCUCAGCAAUCAACUUGAUGAAUUGAAAGGUUUCAUGGCAGUUGGUGUUCAUGUCGUUUGUAGCCUUUGGACCAUUCAUUCUCCCCGUGUCAUCCCUUCUCCCCUCGUGGUCUCUCCCUGUCCGCCCUGUCCAGCCAAAGAGUGGAACUCGCAAUUCGCCAUGGCUGCGUGAGCGAUUCGUCGCACCGACCGAGCGAUUCGCCCAAAAUGGACGCAGCAUUUCGGGAGGCAGUCGGUCAGCAUGCGUCGGGCUGCUCCUCCCAGACGACGCAGACCACGCGUCACAUGAAGAGCAUCAUGAGAUAACACUCCUCCCAUGUGAGAAGAUCAUCAUCAAUAAGAUAACUUUAUGAAGUAUCAAAAGCCAAUUGAUCGAGCUGAAUGACCCGCUGGCUGUUGGCCUCUACCCUGGUAGUAUCUGAAAUUCAUGCAAAACUAGGACUUUCAGAGCAAGAUGUACUUGGCAAAUGAGUGAGUAGGUAGG